UUAAGAAAUCUGCCCACUUCUGGCAUGAGAGCUCCUUAAAGCCCCGAAGCAAGCCCCGCUCUGCAGCAGGGGCACCCCGGCUCUCAGACCCCCAUCCCUGUUCCCCUUUGGGGUUCAGAGCAGGGACAGCAGCUGGUGGGGAUGAAAGGCAGAACAGCACACAGCGCCAGGCCACCGUCAGCCCUGGGGACGUGCUGGGGGGUGUCCCUGGGCCAUGGCGGGGCUCUGUUCUCACUUGCACCCACUGUGCCAAGGGGGAUUUCAUCCCAGUUAGCUCGAGGCAUGAGAUCAGCCAGGCACGGGCUGGGAAGCCGCGCUGCUUUCUCUCUUCCUUCCUUCAUCCACUCUGUUCCCAGCGAGCGCUCCUCCACUCCAGGGAAAGCUGCUGGGCAGUGCCACAGGCCUGGCUGGCCCCACAGCUCUAAGACAGCAAAACCGAACCCCCCCAUCACCCCUCAGCGUUGCACAGCUCCAUCCAAAACGAUUGCACAAGGCAGCAAUAAUGAAAGCAGGAAGCAGGGGGGUACCCGCCAGCACCCCCCCUGCAGGGUUAUUUAACCCCCCCAGCCUCAGGUGGCCCCACAGGAGGUGGCAGCGGCCCACGGUGCACCAGCAUGCUCGCUGCUCUGCUCAUCCUCAGCCUGGGGGGCUCCGCGCUGGGUCCAGCAGGCGCCCGAUGCAGUUGGGUCAUCGGGGGAAAGGCAGUGGUGCCGCACUCUCGGCCCUUCAUCGCCUCCAUCCAGAUGGACGGGCAGCACUACUGCGGGGGCUUCCUGGUGUGGCCCAGGUGGGUGAUGACGGCCGCCCACUGCCCCGUUCCCAGGGGCAACCCUUCCUUCCGCGUGGUGCUGGGAGCCCACAGCCUGGAGCAGCCCGAGGAGUCCCAGCAGGUGUUCGGUGUCGAGGAAUCCAUCGCGCACCCCCUCUACGACCCCCAGACGGUGGACAACGACAUCCGCCUGCUCAGGCUGAACCACUCGGCCACGCUGAACACAUUUGUGAAGCGCAUCCGCCUGCCCCGGCCACGCAUCGACCUGAAACCCGGCACCCUCUGCUCCGUGGUGGGUUGGGGGGACAUCUCCAACUACGGCGAGCGGCCCACGCAGCUGAUGGAGGCCAACACCACCAUCGUCAAGAGGAGCCUGUGUCGAACCCUAUGGAAAGGCCGUGUCUCGGGCAACAUGCUGUGCGGGGCGAGCCGCAACGCCACGCUGCAGGGCGUCUGCGCGGGUGACUCUGGGGGACCCCUGGUCUUCAAGGGGAAGGUUUACGGCGUCGUCUCGUUCUCCGGGCAGAGAUGUGGGGACCGCCGGUACCCCGACAUUUUCACCAAGAUUUCAAACUACAUCGACUGGGUGCAUCGCACUGUGCUCAGGCACCGCCAGCCUGGGGGGAAACAGAAGCACAAACCUGGCCCGGGGGGGGGCAAGGGGGGACCGGGGAGCAGCGAGGGGGCUGGCAGCUCCCAGGAGGGGUGGGGAGGGCCAGGCCUCCCGCGUCCCCCUCUGGCUCCAAGGGGCUUGAUGUUCAAUGGGAACUGACACCAGGGCUCAUCGCUCCUGCCUCGGUUUCCCUACGUGCACCAAGGUGACGUAGGGGACUGAUGGUAGUGAGGAGACCGGCAUCCCCCCGGCUGUGCAGAGAACCCCAGUGCCUCACUCCCCCCCUUGCUGCAUCCCCACUUUCCUCCCUCAAUAAAACCUCA